CAUCCGUUCCUGCAUCGUCAUGCCGAAGCUGUCCAUUGUCCGGCAGCAUCCGACACGGCUCCGGCGUGAUUCAUGAAUAUUCACGACAGUCUCCAGCCAGCGACACCUGCUUUUCACAAUGGCGACCAAACUUGGCCCGACCCGAUUUGUACGAUCGGUCCUUAAGUCUUUUAUGGCACAGUCGGGCCUAGAGCCUAGAUUGCUCGGACCUCAGCUCCGUGUCCUCAGUGCAUCCAAGGGACAGGUCGACUUUGAGCUGGAAAUCACCAAGGAUCACACCAACCGCCUCAAAAUCCUGCAUGGCGGUACCAUCGCCAGCAUGGUCGAUCUCGGAGGCUCAUUGGCGGUAGCAUCGAUGGGCCUGUAUGCCACCGGUGUUUCGACUGACCUCAAUGUCACAUAUCUCAAUAGUGGUGGCAAAGUAGGAGACAAGAUCCUGGCCACGGCGACGUGUGAAAAGUUUGGGAAGAGUUUGGCAUACACGACAAUCACCUUCAGGAACAGCAAGGGCGAGCUCGCAGCCCGCGGAAGUCACACAAAGUACAUUGUUCAGGCAUGGAAAUCACAAGGCGAGGAGCUCUUCGUUGUACCUGAAGGCGCCGAGGUAGACGAAGAUGUGGACUAGGCAUUCCAGCACGACCAACCACCCCCCAGUCGAUUUUGCCCAAUAGAAGAAAAGGUGGUUCUACCCGAGAGAAUGCCUUUGGAUUCGGUGACUGUCAUAUCUAGUUGAGCAAGACCAGUCAGAGAGAACGUCGACAUGAGCAGACAUUGAGCCGAGUCUUUGACUAGCCAUGACCAACAGCCUACUCAGCUCGGUAUCGCGAUACCCAGUUACAGAGCUGUCAUGGUACCAAAUGCGUCGACCUAACCUCGUAGAUGUCCCCAUAGAAUGAACGGUCUAUUUCUAACGUUGUCAGCCU